AAGUCUUUGCCUCAAAAUCAAUAAUAUCUCUCUCUUCAUCAUCAUUGUGUUUCCUCCUGAUUUUUAUUCCUCAUCUUCACAAUAUUGGUGUCUUGUGAGAUCAAGACUGUGAAAUUUGAGAUUCAAGAUUUGUGUUCUUUUUUUUUUUGUUAGUGUUGAGGAUGAGAGAAGAAGAUUCCAAUUGGUUUGCUAAAUGGGAAGAAGAGCUUCCGUCGCCGGAGGAACUCAUACCUUUAUCUCAAUCUUUAAUCACGCCUGAUCUCGCCAUCGCCUUCGAUCUCCACCGUAACAACAACUCAAACUCCGGUCAACCUCUACCUCAAACCACACCGCCACAACCCAAUUCCUCAGCCGAAAUCGCCGGAGACUCUACCGGAGACGAACCAGCAAGAACGCUAAAACGACCGCGUUUAGUAUGGACGCCACAGCUACACAAACGUUUCGUAGACGCGGUGGCUCAUCUCGGGAUAAAAAACGCGGUUCCUAAAACCAUCAUGCAGCUUAUGAGCGUUGAUGGUUUAACAAGAGAAAACGUCGCUAGCCAUUUGCAAAAAUACAGACUUUACCUCAAAAGAAUGAAAUCCGGCGGCGGAGGAGGCGGCAGCGGUGAUUCCGAUCAUCUCUUUGCCAGCUCACCUGUUCCUCCACAUUUCCUCCAUCCGACAAGUAGACAGAGCUCCGACCUUUUCAUACCCUCUUUUGUCCCAAUUUCAACUCAGCAGCAACAUAUCGCAGCACCACCGUCUCAGUUCCUCCACCGACAAAUCUCCGCCGUUAAUUUCACUUCACCGACCAAAGCGACCGACCAAGCAAUGUUCUUGGCUAGGCAGCAGAGUGAACUACAGCAACCAGUUUUCAAACCAUCUUCAUUGCAUUUACAUAGUCAAGUCGCUAAUUACACGCAAGAUUUGAAAUCAGGAGCCAAAACGGUCUUGACUCUGUUUCCAACUCGAGACGAUUGAAUUUUUAUUAAACGUCAACAAUCCGAGUUCUGCUUUUUUUUUCUGGUCUUGCUGUUGUGACUAGAUCUUUAAUGUUUCUAAUGUUUCCACGAUCUUGAGGAACAUUUGGUCUCCUUAAAGAUUGAGUUUUACUCUGUAAUGAAAUGCAUAAAAAGAAGUGAUCUUUCACUUGUUGUCUAGAUUUGAUUACACAACUACUUUAUUGUUUUUUUUUUUUUUCUAUUCUUGUGGGUUCAGAUUUGUUCUUAAAAGUUGUUUGUAACUUUGCAUUGAAAAUAUCAUAAAGCAUUUGCAGGUACUG